UUCGCGCCAGUCCCAGCAGUGGUUAAGAGACGAUCAAUGCUGAUCCAACAGACGAACUGCAGCAAGCCCCGGCGGCGAGGUCGCCGGCGUGUGCGCCGCAGCGGUGGUGGUGUCCGGCUGGGCUUGCUGCUCCGGCUGCGCGUGCGGCUGUCCGGCAUCGUCGGCCUGCUCGUCAGGAGCGUGGAGGAGCUCAGAUGCUGCUCCGCCCGUGGCAAGAUCGGCUGCUCGACGUCGAGAGCGCGCAGGCCGGCGGCGUCCCUUGGCGGUAGCUGCCGUCGCCGUCCGGCGCCGGCAGAGAGGAAUCAGAGCUCCUUCUACAACGAGGCCAUAGCAGACUGCUUGGAGUUCAUCAAGAGCAGAUCGACCUACGUGCCUGCGAAGGAUGAUAAGAUUGUCAGUUUGAAUUAGAUUGACUGUGUAGUCUUUCUUUAUGGUGAAGUUUCUGCUCUUGGAAUUGGUUUUACCACUUUUUUGGGGAGAAUUUAAUUAGUAUUUUCUUAGUGUUCUAUGUAUGUUUACAUGAUUAGUUCUCGAAACAAAAAAAAAUGUUAGCACCCAUCAAAAAAUUAAUCAAGA